CUCACCGCCCUGAGCGCGCUGUGCUGAACGCGCGUGCGCGAGGGUAGGAGCGCGGGCCCUGAUUGGCCGCGAGCAGGCGGUUCACGCGGGGCAGGGCCGGGCGCGGGGCGGACCCACAUCUGCGUGACAGUUGUCGCGGGGGGAGGGUGAGCCCAGGCUAGGGGGAGGGAGUGUAAAUAGAGCGAAGGCGGCGCCGCGUCGACCGCGCUGCAGCCGGGCGACCCGCGGAGAGCCCUGGAAGAUGGAAGAAGAUGAGCAGGAGCAGCGGCGCAGAAAGGUGGAGGCCGGGAGAGCGAAGCUUGCUCACUUCCGACAGAGAAAAACCAAAGGUGACGGUGCGCACCCGAAGAAAAAGACGGCGAAGAGGAAGGGCCCGGCUGUCGAUGCGCCUGUCCAGGAGGAGAGCCCGGUAGCCGCCGAGGACCAGGGGCUCCUGGGAGGACGGGGCAUUUGCAGGAGCUCAGUGUGCGGCGACCCCCCUGCUGGCGCGGGAGCAGCUCCGCUGGAGGACCCUGACCCGGAGAGGACUGAGGACUCGGAGCCGCAGCAGAAGCUGGAUGGCGACUGUCUGGAGCAGCCUGGGGUCAUCACAAAGCCGCUGCCGCCCCUGGAGCUGGAGGCGCUGCGCCUGAGCCUGAGCGACCUGCACGCGGCGCAGCUGGAGCUGAUGCAGGCCAACCUGCAGCGGGAGAAGGAGACGGCGCUGACCGAGCUGCGCCAGAUGCUCAACAGCCGGCACGCCCAGGAGCUGGCGCUGCUGCGCAGCCAGACGCGGCGGGAGCUAGAGGAAAUGGCACUGCAUUGCAGCCGGGAGACAGCUGAGCUGAAGGAGAAGCUACAGUCGGAAAUGGAGAAAAACACCCAGAUGAUAGAGACUCUGAAGCAGGACUGGGAAUCCGAGAGAAGUAAGUGCUUGGAAAACCUACGCCAAGAAUUACUGGAAAAGCAUCAGUCAGAACUGGAGAAUUUACAAAACCAGUAUAAGAAAGAAUUGGCAGAACAGAAAGCUGAGUUGGAGAAGAUUUUUCACGCCAAAAAUCAGGCUGAACUUUCCCUCCGGACUCAGGAAGCUCAGCACGAAGCGGCCCUGAGGCAGCUACGCGCGGACCUGCAGCGUGAGCGUGUCCAGUGCCUGGAGGACCUGGAGCUGAAGUUCAGAGAAAGGGAAAAGGAGAGCCAGCUGGAGUUAGAGAACCUCCGGGUGUCCUACGAGGAGCUGCAGGCCCAGUCACAGGAGGAGAUCCAGCGCCUGUGGGUCCAGCUGGAGUCUGCCCGGUCCAGCAGGCAGGAGCUGAGUGAGUUACACGAGCAGCUCCUGGCCCGCACAUCCCACGUGGAGGAGUUGGAGCGUCUGAGGCGGGACUUCGAGCAGCAGCAGCAGCAGGAGAGGACCAAGCAUGAGUCGGAGCUGGGACAGCUGAGGAUUUACUUUGAAAAGAAAUUAAGGGAGGCUGAGAAAGAUUACCAGGAAGACGUGGCCCUGUUCCAGCAGCGGCUGCAGGAGAUGGAGGAGGACUCUCUGCUGGAGUCUGUGCAGAUCAGGGCCCCUUCAGGAGAGAUGUCUGGAAAAGAGAGAGACCACCUCGAUCAGCUCAGCCUUCAUCUGGAGCAGCACGAGGAGAGCCUGUGUUUGCCACGAUUAGAAGAAAACCGCUGGGGCCAGCUAGCAGCGCGGAAGUGCUGCCCGGAGGUCCAGCAGGAUGCGGACCUCGUGGGCCCCCUGGCAUUGGAGGGGGAGCAGCUUGUGGGGCCCUCAGAAGAGCCCGACCAAGAGCUCACCCAGGUGCCCCUUCUGUGUGCGCAGAACGGGGCCCUGGAGGCACAGGCACAGGUGGUGGCCGGAGUCUCAGACUUGGAACCUGAGCACAAGGCUCCGCUCUCACUGCUUCAGACGUUGCUCCAGGAAGAAAUCGACCUCCUAAGGGUGGAGAAUAGAAAUCUGCGUGAAAAGCUGCAGCGUGAGGCCCGCCUGAGGGAGGACUUGGAGGAGGGAAAACAUAAUUUAGUAGAAGAUCACCAGGCAGAACUGAAGAGCGCUGAGGAGAGGAUCGAGCUGGUGAAACAAGAGCUCAGAGACAGAGAGGCAGAGUGGAACGUCACCAGCGAGGGCCUGAGGCGAGGCGCGGAGGAGAGGCUGGCACGGGUGCUCCUGGACCUGCGGGAGCAGGCAGAAUCCGAGAAGCGGUCCUUGACAGACAGGUUUGAGCUUCGAGAAGCUGAAAUGAGGCAACUUCAGGACCAGCAGGCGGCCCAGAUCCUGGCCCUGGAGGGGUCCCUGACGGAGCAGCAGGGCCGCCUGCGGCAGCUAGAGCUCGGCCUUGCCGGGGACGAGUCUCUGCGGUGCAGCCAGUGUGGCCGGGAGCUGGCCGGUGGCCUGGGCCCAGCGGACCGGGAGCGGGAGCCAAAGGAGGACGGUGACCCUCGGCUGCAGCCGGCCCAGAGCAGAUUCUUAGGAGAAUGUCGAGAAGUCACAGAGAAGUUCAUUGAGGAGCGAGAUGCCUUCCUGCAGGAGGCCCAGGAGAAGCACUCCAGCGAGCUCCAGCUCCUCCGGGAGAGACACCAGCAGCUCGUCCUGUCCUUGAGGGCCGAGCUGGAGACCAGGCACCAGGCUGAGCUUGAAGAGCUGCGGGCUUCAUUCCAGAGUGAGCGGCGGGCUCGAUCAGACGCUCGAGAGGCUGAACUGCAGGCAGAACUUGCUGCAGAAAUCAGGGCUUUGGAGGCCAGGCAUGUGUCACACCUGGACUCUCUGGAGUCCCGUUAUCUGUCUGAGAUCCAGACCUUGCGGGGCCAGCACAGACGGGCCCUGGAGCUGCUGCGGGUGGACCUGGAGGAGCAGCUGCAGAAGGAGGCCGCUCCUCACCACGUGAUCCUGACCCGGGCUUUCGAGAAGCUGGAGCUGCAGCAAGAAGAUGCGCCUGCGUCCGCAGAGGAGCUGGGCAUGGCGCGUGCAGGAGCCCUGCGGGGGGCUCACCAGGGUGAGUUUGAAGGUGAGAAGAAAGCUGCUUUGUGGGAGGAAGAGGAGACGCAUAGACCUGAGCAGGAGCAGGUACAGUCUCGUCACCAGAAAGAGAAGGAGUCUCUGUCUCUGCAGCUUCAGGAGAAGGAUCACCAGAUUCUGCAGCUACAAGACCAAAUUUUAUCCUUAAACCACGAGGUAGAAGAGUGCCAUUCGGAACUGGAGAGGCUCCAGCAGAGGCGGGAACGGGAGAACCAGGAGGGCACGAACCUCAUCUCAAUGCUCAAGUCCGACAUCGACCUGUCUCACGGCGAAAGGAGAGCUCUCCGGGACGCGCUGAGAAGGCUGCUGGGUUUGUUUGGAGAGACACUCGAGGCUGCCGUCACUCUGAGGAGCCGGAUUGGCGAGCGCGUGGGGCUAUGCCUGGAGGAGGAGAGCCCGCCUGAUGCGCCCGCAGCCUCUGUGCCUGAUGAGACGUGGCCUGGGCUUGACGCGGCCCUGCCGGAGCUGGACCGGACCUCGCCCGAGUGUGCGGAGACAUCCUCGGUGGCCGAGAUUAGCAGUCACAUCCGCGAAAGCUUUUUCAUGAGCCCGGAGAGCACGCUGGAGUGCGAACAGCCCAUCCGGAGGGUCUACCGGAGCCUGGGCCUGGCGGUGGAUAGCCUCCUGGAGAUGGUCCUGGACUCCACACGGCAGCUGGAGGAGGCACGUCAGAUCCACUCUCACCUGGAGAAGGAGUUCAGCUGCAAGAGCGAGGAGACAGCGCAGGUGGUGAGAAAGCACCAGGAGCUGCUGGAAUGCCUGGACGCGGAGAGCACGGCCAAGACCCGGCUGACACUGGAGCUGCACAAGGCGGAGGGCAUCAUCGAGGGGUUCAAGGAGGAGAAGGCCGGGCUGCAGGAGGCCCUGGGCCAGAAGGAGGCGAGUGAGCGGGGCCUGGUGGUGGAGCUGGAGGGCCUGCAGCAGCAGCUGCAGCGGGCGAACCAGCAGCUGGCGGAGCUGCAGGAGGAGAACCACGCGCUGCAGGGCCAGAAGGAGGCCAUGACCGUGGCAGCGGGAGAGAGAGAAGCCGCUCUUCGCAGGGAGGUGGAUUCUCUCACAGAGGAGCAGUCGGAGGCCAGGAAGCAGUGUGAGAAGGACCGCUCGGCUCUGCUGGCGCAGAUGCGGGUUCUGGAGGCCGAGCUGGAGGAGCAGCUCUCCAGGCACCAGGCGUGUGCCCGGCAGGCCGAGGAGCUCUCUGCCCUGAGUCAGCAGAUGGGCUCUCUGGACAAGCAGCUGCGUCGCCAGCGGCAGUUCAUGGACGAGCAGGCUGCGGAGAGGGAGCAGGAGCGCGAGGAGUUUCAGCAGGAGAUUCUGAGGCUGGAGGAGCAGCUUCGGCAGGCAGCCAGGCUGCAGCCCCGGGGCCCCUGCGACAGCGACCGACAGUGGACGCAGCUGGAUGAGGAGGUUGAAUUGUUAGAAGAAAAAUUGCGAGAAAAAUCAGAUGGACUUAAUGAAUUGAUAUUAAAGAAAGAAUUGGCGGAUAGACAAGUGCUAAUCAAGGAAGAGGAGAUUAGACGUCUCGAGGAGAUGAACGCCAGCACCGCGAGGAGACUCGUGCAGCUCCAGGAAGACCUGGAGAGACAGAGGAGAACUCUUUGUUCUCUUGAAUAGGAUAAGGCGGCGUUGCAGGAGCAGCAGAUGAGCAACUUGCUUCUGGUGUCCACGCUGCAGUCCAGGCUGGACGAGGGCAAGUGCCUGGUACCUCCUGCGGGCAGCAGUCUUGAGGGCCCAGAGGUCCGGCUAGAGGCGCUGCAGAGGGCGCUGCUGGAGCGUGAGGACGAGGUUCUGGACUUAAAAGAACAAUUAGAAAAAAUUAAACAUGACUUGGUGAGCAGAAACGAAGAAGUACUCCACCUGGGCUGGAAGCCGGACGUGCAGGACAGCAGUGCCGCCACGCGCAUCAGAGAACUUCAGGAAGAGAAUGCCGGUCUGAAGGCAUUUCUGCAAAACAAGGAGAGGGAGAUGACGUGUGUGAGCGAGCAGAGUGAGCAGCAGCUGGCGGGGACGGGCUGUGGCGCCCUCAGCGAGGUCAUGUGUAACAGGGGUUCUGAAAUUGAGGAGCUGAAAUCCAUUAUUGAGAAUCUGCGGGAGAACCAGGAGCGGCUACAGAAGGAUAGAGCGGAGGAGGUGGACCAGCUCCACGAGGUCAUCGAGAAGCUGCAGCGGGAGCUGUCCGUCGCGGGGCCGGCGCUGCACGAGGUCAGCGGUGGUGACAGUGGCGGGGCGGGCAGCCUGAAAAACGAGCUGCUGGGCCUGCAGGCGGAGGGAGCCGCGGCCCGCGAGGUGCUGGAGGGCGAGCUGCACACCGCCCUGGAGGCCAAGGAAGCCCUGGGCCGGCUGCUGAGCGAGCAGGAGCGCCUGCACGGCCAGGCCCUAGAGGCCCUGCAGGGGCGCCUGCGGGAUGCGGAGGAGGCUGCCGCGCAGAGGCUGGCCCAGCUGGAGCAGAGUGCAGCCCUCAGGGAGGCUGAGGUCCAGGGCCUGGCCGCCCAGAUCCAGGAGUUUGAAGCUGCCCUGAAAGCCAAGGACGCGAAGAUUGCAGAAAGAGACCUAGAAAUUGAGGCCGUAAACAAAGAGAGGCGGGCCCACUCCUCUGAGCUGGAGGCCCUCCUGUCGGCUGUGGCCCGCUUCUGCCAUGCCUUGGAGCAGCAGCCCCUGGCUGCCACUGAGGAGCCCCCCGAGCUGCAGCGGCUCCGAGCACAGUGUCGCCGCCUCAGCCGCCAGCUGCAGGCGCUCCACCAGCGGUUUGUGAGGUGCCAGAAGGAGCUGGACAGGGAGCAGGUGUGCGGGGCCCACCCACCCCCUUGUAUGGACGACAGCGCCCAGUGCUGGGCGCCAUGUGAUGAAGGGCUGGAGCAGGAGGCUCCCCACGGCCAUGGCGGUGACCCACAGAGCCCAGCUUCGGUGGACUUGCAGCCUGCCAAAGCCCUGGUGAUGCUGAACCGUGCAGGCCUUUGCAAGCAAGAUGACGUGAUGUCCGUGCUCACAGUCUGCCAGAGGCUCCUGGAGUCCGAGCUGCUUCUGGUGAAGAAGGAAAUGUGCUCGCGCGUGGAGGACCAUGGCCACGUGUCCGGAACGGAUAAAGGCGAACUACUGGAAGGUUGUCAGCUUCGGAAAGCUGAUCUCAUAGCUCAGGCGAGACAACUUCAGGAGAAGCUGAGCCGUCUGGUGCAUUCCAUGAGCUUCCCGGACGUCGACGUCGAGACGAAGGGCUUUACAUCUCAGUGGGCACUGGCGUCUUCACAUGUUCUAGAAAAUAGUUUGAGUGAUGGUUCUAGUAACAGUGAAGAAACUGACAGCUCACCUCCCGUCGAUGCGUUUAGUGUCGAUGCAACCACCUGGGAUCUAAUUGACGCAGCUGGAAGUCAGGGUUCGUGGCUGAGAAGCGGGAUGCUGGAUGUGCCCACGGCAGAGCAGGUUGCUGCACAGGAAGGGUCGCUCUGCUCCCAGGUGGGCUCGCUUAGGUGCCUCCCAGACCCCGCCCACGCCGAGGGGCCCGAGCCCUUGAAGCUCGGGCUCAGGACAAUGGACCUGGCCUCCUGGAGCUCCCCUGAGGUCGCCAGGAAGGACUCCACCCUUGAGCCCCUGCCCAGCCUGCCCCUGACACCCUGCUCAGAUGCCCUGAGCCAGCGUAGCCUGGACACCUCCCUGUGGGAUGGGGCGGGCACCUCACUGCUCCAGGCCGACCAGUCAGGGCUGCUUUGUUACCCGGGCGAGUCCACAGCGGGAACGGCCCCUAGGUGGGCGGAGUCUCCACUGGCUGCAGACAGGACUCCCUCUACUGACCGCCAUGCUCAGCGAGGGGCUGUGGAGAAAGAUGUUGAAGAUUUUAUCGUAACAUCUCUUGAUUUUCAAGAAAAGUCGAGAUCACCUCCUUUGGGGUUAGAAGGAGAAAGCGCUGAAAAAAGUGCUGGCUCGGGGUCUGGAGAGAUGCUAGCCCACGGCUCGGGAAGACUGGGAGCUCCCACUGCUGGUCCUGCGGCCCCUCCUGCCCCCAGAGGGUUCCGACGGCCACUGGUCACCAUGAAGAAGGAGGUCCAUCCAAAGCAAGUGAAGGCCCUGCUGCAGAUGGUGUGUGAUGAGAGCCACCACAUCCUGGCUCUGUCCGAGUGCCGUGGACCGCCCAGCGUCCUGAGCAGGGGCGAGCCCAGCACCCCCCUCGAGCGCCUCCCACAGGGGUGCCGGGGGCUGCUGGAGGCAGCAGCGCCUCCGAGGGGGCACCCCACCCCAGCACCCCGAAAGGGAGAGAAGGAACCUUCUGACCUGGGCCUCGAUUGGAAGGGAGAAUUUCUGCAGGUUGUCCAGGAAGCCUUUGAAAAAGAGCGAGAGAUGCUGAACGUUGAGCUGCGGCCCCGACUCUGUGGUUCGGAUGUUGGGGGCUGCAGCACGCUGUUGGAGAGGCUGGAGAAGGUGGUCCAGGAGCAGGGGGUGCUGCGGGAGAAGUCCUUGGAGCACCUUCGCCUGUCGGACAGGAGCCGCCUGCUGUCAGAGAUCCAGGCUCUGCGCGCCCAGCUGCGGAUGACGCACCUGCAGAACCAAGAGAAGCUGCAGCAGCUGUGUGCGGCGCUGACCAACACGGAGGCCCGCGGAAGCCGGCGGGAGCACCAGCUGCGGAGGCAGGUUGAGUUACUGGCCUAUAAGGUUGAGCAGGAAAAGUGUAUAGCGAGCGAUCUGCAGAAAACCCUGAACGAAGAGCAGGAGAAAGCAAAUCACGUUCGGAAGCUGCUGGUGGUGGAACAGAGUGCGGUCAGGGACCUAAAGUCCGAGCUGUGCGAGUGCAAACAGGACAACGAAAGGCUGCUGCAGUCCCUCAACGAUGUGCAGAAGGAGGUCCUCCAGCUGAGGUCGGCGCUGGACAGUAAGGAGAAGGACCUGGCGAACGCGCUGCAGCAGCUGGAGGGCGAGCGGGUGAAGGGGCAGGCCCUGCAGAGCCGGCUGGACGAGGAGCGGCUGCAGUACCUGCAGAGGGAGGGCCAGAGCGCCAAGACCCUGGAGGAGCUAAGAACGUCUUUGGAGAAGCAGUUUGCUCAUAGUAACCAGCUGUGCGUCGCCCUGGAACACGAGCAGACGGCAAAGGACAACCUCCGGAAGGAGCUGCAGAUCGAGACCUCACGCUGCGAGGCGCUGCUGGCCCAGGAGCGCGGCCACCUCUCCGAGCUGCAGCGGAGCCUGGAGGCCGAGCAGGGCCGGGCACGGGAGUUGUCGGAGGCCUUGCACCACGAGCGCCUCUUGACCGAACGGCUGAGCCGGCGGGCGCAGGAGAAGCAGGCGCAGCAGGCGCACCAGGCGCUGCUGCAGAAGCUGAAGAGCCAGGGGGCCCGCGUGCGGGAGCUGGAGGUGGCGCUGGACACAGCCCAGCGGCGGGCCCAGGAGGCCGAGAGGGAGCAGGAGGUAAGUGCCGCGCCGAGGCCCACCGUGGAGGCCCUGCAGACCCUGGAGAGAGAGCGGGAGAGGCCUGUGCGGGGCCAGGCAGAGUUAGAGCAGCCGCACGCGGGACGGGCAGAGCAGGAAGGACGCAAGGCCGCGAGGACAGGAGCGGAGCUGAGGCCCAGCCGAGCGGACGCGCACAAGCGGAGGAGGUGGCAGAGAGACAAGGAGACGCUGCGGGAAUUAGAGCUGCAGCACCAGCGAGAUGAGCACAAGAUCCAGCAGCUGCAGCGGACACUGAGGGAGCAGCAGGCGGGGGCGCGGCCCUGCCCCCCGGAGGCGGCGGGGGCGGCCGAGACAGAGGCGGAGGCCGAGCGCCUGCGGGAGCAGCAGCUGGGCCUGGAGAAGGUGCGGCAGCAGCUGCUCUGCGCGGCCGGGCUCCUGACCAGCUUCAUCAGCCAGAUGGUGGACAGGACCAUCGGUGACUGGACGUCAUCGAACGAGAAGGCGGUGGCGUCUUUGCUGCACACGCUGGAGACACUGAAGUCUGAACUGGGCGCCUCCAGCUCCUGCCGGAAGAAAACAGCGGCAGAGCUGCAGGUCCAGCUGGUGGACGUCCUGCUGAAGGACAAUGAGUCCCUGACCAGAGCUCUCAGCGCGGUGACCCGGGAGAAGGCAGAGCUGCGCCGGGCACUGUCCCAGCUGGAGAGGCCCCCCCGGGGCUGUGCGCGCAAGGGGUGCUCUGCACAGCAUGGGGUCCAGGCUGUGCCACUGAUGUUGGGACACAUGGCUGCUCACGCUGCCCUCUCUGCCCGGUGCCUGGCCCUUGGACGUGUGGCUGCCAUGUGGGGCCCGCCCACGGGGGUCCAGAGGUCGGACAGGUCUGUGUGGAGGCAGGACAGGACAGUCUCGCCCAGCUCAGCACGACCCCCAGACCCAGCUCUGCCCACGCCGGAAGUAGCCAAGAUGGAAAAACUGUACCUGCGCUAUCUGCGAGCAGAGAGCUUUAGGAAAGCCCUGAUCUAUCAGAAGAAGUACCUCCUGCUGCUGAUCGGCGGGUUCCAGGACUCUGAGCAGGAGACGCUGUCCAUGAUCGCUCACUUGGGAGUGUUCCCUUCCAAAGCGGAGAGGGGCGCUGCGGCCUCCCGCCCGCUCACGAAGUUCCGCACGGCCGUCCGAGUGGUGAUCGCAGUCCUCAGGUAUCGGAGGUUACGCUUUUUGGUUAAGAAAUGGCAACAAGUAGACGGGAGAGGAGCCGUGGCGCCUGGUUGGGCGCGUGCAGGACCCCCGGUGCCGCAGCGGCAGCAGUCCUCACCCGACGCCAGCGAGUCCCCACCGACCCGGGACGUGUCCUCCAGCCACGCCAGGGACCCUGUGGCAAAAGCCUCCCCACGCAGGAGGGAAAGAUCAGAAAGAUCCCUGACUGCUUCUCAAGAUCCGGAACAUUCCUUGACGGAAUAUAUUCAUCAUUUAGAAAUCAUCCAGCAAAGACUAGGAGGCGUCCCACCAGAUUCUACUUCAAAGAAACCCUGCUACCAGAAGACGAAACAGUGAAUAAAAUCCUUGUGGCUCCGACCUGUGAUCAUUCUAUAUUGAUUCUCUGAGGAACGCUCAUGUGUGGCACAUGUCCGAGGUGCCAGCCCCUAGGUGUCCUCAUCUUCAUGCUGUUACAAAGCCAAAUGGAGUAUUUUCUAUGUAAUUUCAGUGCGUUUUAGCUUUCUUGACUUGGAGGGGUCGCCACGUGCUCAUGAGUGACAGGCAGCUGGCCGGUUCUGUGUCGGCAGAGCCACCCUGGCCACCUCCAUGGAGGGUGAGCAGGGGAUGGCUUCCUGAUGUUUAUUUUCUUAAAGUGCACUGGUGGAAACUUGGUUUAAGAACAAAAACAUAAACAAACAAAAAGAGAUAAUAAAAUUAAAGCCUUCUUGUAUUUGUGAA